AUGUCUCAGAGAAAUAUUACAUCAUUUUUUAAAAUAACACCAAAAAAGACAGCUACUGAAGAGAGUGAUAAGAAUGAUAUAUCACCCAGUACAAAGAAGAACAAUGACUCUAUGGAAAAUGGGGAUGCCAAGAGAUUAAAAAGAUCACGAUCAAUCAGCAAGGAAAAUAACUCACCAGAAUCAGGUAGCAACUCUCCAGUUACUCCAGAAAAUGUAAAUAUAAAGAAAAAAGCAAAACGUCAGCGCAUAGAAAGCUCAGAAAGUGAAUCUGAAUCACCAUCAAAAUCCAGUUCAGAUGAAAAAGAAAUUAAGCUGGAAAAAAGUGUAGUUGCAAAAACAUAUGAUUCACCAAAAAGUAAAAAAUCUAAAGCUACCAAAAAAGAAUCUUCAGAAAAGAAAAUAAAAGUAGAAAAAUCUUCACCAAAAUCUGAAAAAACUCUAGAGAAAGAAGUAAAAAGGAGCCCCUUAAGUAAAUUUACUAUAAAAGUUGAAAAAAAUGAUAAUGAUAAAAAAUCAACUAAUGGUGAUAGCGGAAAGGUGGAGAUAGAGAAUGAUAAAAAAGAAGAUAAAAAUAUUGAGAAAGAGGAUAAACAGGAUAUAGUUCCUGAAGUGGAUUACAAUCCUGGGAAGUCAAAAUAUCACCCAAUCAAAGAUGCAUGUUGGGUUAAAGGCCAACCUGUCCCAUACUUAGCUCUAGCCAAAACCCUAGAAAUCAUAGAAGCAACAUCUGCGCGGUUGAAGAUGGUUGAAAUAUUGAGCAACUAUUUUCGGUCGGUCAUAGCUCUGACCCCCGAGGACCUCUUGCCCAGUAUUUACUUGUGUUUGAAUCAGUUGGGGCCGGCUUAUGAUUGCUUGGAGUUGGGCAUCGCGGAGACGUACCUGCUGAAGGCGAUCGGGCGCUGCACGGGGCGCUCGCCGGCGCAGGCGCGCGCAGCGGCGGCGCGCGCCGGCGACCUGGGCGCGCUGGCACAGGCGGCGCGCGGCGCGCAGCGCACUAUGUUCGCGGCGCCGCCGCUCGUGCUGCGCAAGGUGUUCGCCGCGCUCAAGGACAUCGCCUCCAUGACCGGACACGCGUCGGUGAAUAAAAAAAUUGCAAAAAUACAAUCCUUGUACGUCGCCUGCAGACACUCGGAAGCGCGGUAUUUAAUUAGGUCGCUGGAAGGCAAGCUGCGCAUCGGGCUGGCGGAGCAGUCCGCGCUGCAGGCGCUGGCGCGCGCCGCCGCCGCCACGCCGCCCGAGACCGGCGAGCUGGACGUGGCCGCCACCAUGAGCGCGGACAAGUUUAAGGCGCUCGUGGAGGAGUACACGGCGAUCGUGAAGACGACGUACUGCGAGUGCCCCGACUACGCGGCGCUGACGGCGGCGCUGCUGCGGCACGGUGCGCGCGCGCUGCCCGCGCACUGCCGCCUGCGGCCCGGCCGCCCGCUCAAGCCCAUGCUGGCGCACCCCACCAAGGGCGUGCACGAGCUCUUCAACCGGUUCGAGAACGAGGAGUUCACGUGCGAGUGGAAGUACGACGGCGAGCGCGCGCAGAUACACGUGCCCGGCGACGCCGCGCCGCUGCUGCAGCAGGCCGCCAUCUUCAGCCGCAACCAGGAGAACAACACCAGCAAGUACCCGGACGUGCUGCGGCGGCUGCCGGCGCUGCUGCGGGGCGGCGUGCGCAGCUGCGUGCUGGACUGCGAGGCCGUCGCCUAUGACACCGCCGCCAAGCAGAUACUGCCCUUCCAGGUGCUGUCGACGCGCAAGCGCAAGGACGCGGCGGAGGACCAAAUCAAAGUGCAGGUGUGCGUGUUCGUGUUCGACCUGCUCUACCUCAACGGCGAGCCGCUCGUGCGCGAGCCCCUCGCGCGCCGUCGGGAGCUGCUGCGGGAGAACUUCAACGAGGUCGAGGGCGAGUGGCAGUUCGCGGUGUCGCGGGACUGCGCCGACGAGGAGGAGGUGCAGGCCUUCCUGCACGAGGCCGUGGCCGCCUCCUGCGAGGGGCUCAUGGUGAAGGCGCUGCGCGGCGACAACGCGCGCUACGACAUCGCGCGCCGCUCGCACAACUGGCUCAAGCUGAAGAAGGACUACCUGGAGGGCGUGGGCGACACUAUCGACGCGGUGGUGGUGGGCGCGUACCGCGGGCGCGGGCGGCGCGCCGGUGGCUACGGCGGAUUCCUGCUGGCCUGCUACGACGCCGACGCCGACGCCUUCCAGUCGCUCUGCAAGCUCGGCACCGGCUUCUCCGACGACGCCCUGCGCGCGCUCGCCGCCGACCUCGACGCGCUGCGCAUCGACGCGCCGCCCAACUACUAUAUGUACGACGCGUCGCACGCGGCCGACGUGUGGUUCCGCGCGGCGCGCGUGUGGGAGCUGCGCUGCGCCGACCUGUCGCUGUCGCCCGCGCACCGCGCCGCCGCCGGCCUGCUCGCGCCCGCGCGCGGCGUGUCGCUGCGCUUCCCGAGGCACGUGUUCGUGCGCGUGCGCGAGGACAAGACGCCGGAGCAGGCGACGAGCGCGCGGCAGCUGGCGGCGCUGUACCGCGCGCAGGACCAGGUGCGCAAUUGCGCGCCCGCGCGGCCCGCGCACGACGACGACGAGUUCUAC